ACAGGAGUCCUGCUAUAGGUUUUUGUUAAUGGCGAUAAUUAAGAUUUCAUCGGUGGGUAUUUUAGUUGGGCUAUGGAUGAUCAGUUGUUUGGCUGCAGCUGAGAAAGGAGCUUAUGUGCCAGCCAUGUUUGUGUUUGGAGAUUCCCUAGGAGAUGCAGGGAACAAUAAUUACAUUCCACACUCUACAGCGCGUGCAAAUUUCACACCUUAUGGCGUCUCCUUUUUCCCCCAUCCAACUGGUCGCUUCACCAAUGGCCGCACCACUUUCGAUUUCCUGGCUACCUACUUGGGGCUACCCUUUGUCCCUCCAUAUCUGGAACCAAAGGCAGAUUUUAGUCGAGGGAUCAAUUUCGCCUCAGGAAGUAGUGGAUUACUCGACUCAACAGGGGCUGGAGAGAAUAUUAUCACACUGAGUCGUCAAGUAUUUCAAUUCCAACACUUUUCAUAUAUCCUGAGAAAGACACACCCAUAUGGAGCUGCAAAAGAGAAGUCCUACAUAAGCAACUCUUUAUUUUCCAUUACGGCUGGAGGCAACGAUAUUGGUGCCUAUAUUGCCAACGCUACACUCCAAAACACCACUACUCCUCAACAGUUCGUUACUCUGCUGGUCUCCAAAUUCGAUCAGUAUAUAGCACUUCUUUACCGUGCUGGAGCAAGGAAAUUCCUUGUAGUGGAUGUUCCAGCUUUGGGAUGUACUCCUUAUACCAGACUGUCUGGAUACACCAUAGCCAAAGGUGAAUGUUUGGAGAGCGCAAACCAGCUGGUUGUGGCAUAUAACACUGCUUUACAGUCACUUGUGGCCCACCUCAGGAAAAAGCUAGAUGGAGUAACGAUCAUCCAGCUAAAAACUUAUGAUUAUUUCAUGGACAUAAUUCAGAACGCUGAAGCCUAUGGAUUUAAGAAUACAAAUACAGCAUGCUGUGGAUCGGGAUUAUUUAAUGCACAAGUAAACUGUGGAAAGACGACUCCACAGAACUUGUUUUGCAAUGAUACAAGCGCAUACAUGUUCUGGGAUAAAACCCAUCCCACUGAAAAAGUUUAUGCCUUGGUUUCACACCAGAUUUGGAGCGGAAAUUCUUCUUUUAUCGACCCAUUUAAUCUCUCUUCACUAGUCUUGGGGAAUAACGCUUCUGGUCACUAAUAAUGCACAAACCCUGUUUCCUGGCUUUGUGAUAUCAGACAGCAUUAUCACAUUUUUUAUAUGAUUUAGUAACUACAAGUUUGUUAUUAUUCUGGCUUUGUGAUAUCAGACAGCAUUAUCACAUUUUUUAUAUGAUUUAGUAACUACAAGUUUGUUAUUCUUUUACAAUAAUGUUG